GGUGGAGAAAGUUGCUUGCGGGACGUCGCGUCGGUGCGGUGCGGCAAUGCAUCUCGCAUGUGAUACCUUCAGUUCGUCGUGUAAACCGGUAACGUUUCCCGAAAUAGGCGUGAAGUAAUGGAAACGCCACGUUAUCGGUGAGCCUGGUUCUGAAAAUUUCGAGGCAACAUGACGGUCAACUUGAGCGUCGGCGCCGUGCCGGCACUUUACAAGGAAGUUCACAGCCUGCUGAACCCGAACGACAGGAACGAAAUCGACCGCGAACUUUUCGGCCGGCUGUUGGCGUCGACGAAUCUUCCCAAGACGACGUUGGAUCAGGUGUGGGAGUAUGCUGGUGCCAAGCAAGGGCCUGUGACCCCAACAAGCCUGUACAGGAGCCUUGCACUUGUGGCAAUAGCGCAGCAAGGCCGGCAGCUGGAUGAGAAGUCUCUGCUCAACCUUGAAGUGUUGCCAAAUCCGUUGCUGGCAAGUCCGGCGGAGCUUCGCGAGAAGCUCGGGCUGACUGGCCGCAAGAUGAUGAGCCUGGACCUGAAGUCCGGCGGCUUGGACCCUCGCAUCCUCAACUCCAGCUAUGCUCAGAUGGUGGCACAGGACACCAUCCGCGUCGCCUUGGUUCCCGAGAAGAAAGGCAUCAUCCUCAAGCAUGUCGUCUACGAGGUCUCUAGUCAGAGGUACCAGUCGCGUGUGGAGCGGCGGUACAAUGACUUCGUGACACUGUUUGACAUUCUGGUACAACGGUUCCCCUACCGAGCGGUACCGCAGCUGCCACCAAAGCGGGCUAUGGCCGACUCGCAUUUCAUCGAGGAGCGGCGGCGGGCACUGCGACGUUUCCUCACGCUUGUUGCAAGGCAUCCUGUAUUGGGCUUCGACAAAGCCGUCAACAUAUUCCUGACAUUUGGUGGCACAGAUGUUCAAACACGGCUCAAGGAGUACUGCAAGAAUGUGCCGGAUGAGUUCCUUACCUGUGAGGUGGCGCGUAGGUCGGACGAGCUUGUGUCAAGUGACACUACAGUGCAGUUUGCCAUGGCACGUGAGCAGCUGCGCCAGGUGUACAUCUGUCUCAGCCAGCUGCGUGAGGCCUCGCAGCGCAUGGUCGACCGCUCCAAGAUGGCUGCUGUGGACAUCCUCGUUGUGGGCAAGGAGUUUGCCACAUUGAGCAACAUAUCCAAGCUGGAAUCUGACUGGGCGACUGGUGGAAAUGAUGCCUGGAACAUCGUGCAGAAGGCGUUACGAUCCUUACAGAGCCUUCUUGUGCCAAUUCAUGAAGCUCACUCGGAACAGUCUCUUCAUGAAGAGGAGGAAGUUCUAGAAGAGCUUAAUUUAUUCCUGGACCUCCUAGUUGCUUACAAGGCGUUGUGCGAUCGUCACGAAAGCGGUGUUGUCCUUGGUCACCACAAGGCCAUCAAUAGAAUGGUGAAGAAGUCCUCAAACUCUUUCGGAGGUGUAGAUCCAAUGAAGCAGGCGCAGGAGCUAGAACACCGAACACAGUUCUCUCUGCACUGCGUCCACCUGGAGAGCCAAAUGGUGUACGCCCACAUGGAGGCACUGGGCAGCAUCACCCGCGCCCUAGUCCGCAUACAGGCUAACGGCCAUGCCAAGCUGGGAGCCCUGUGGAGCAGCAUGGCACCUGCUGUGGCAACCAUGGUCCCGAACGCAGGAACUCAAGUGCCACAAUGAGUAGUACACGAGACCAGCUGGUGUUGUCGUUAGGCCCCCUCCCGUCAUUUUGCUGGCUUCAGGGAGCAUUCCACACAAAUAGCCAAAAAGGUGCACAAGCUAUCAACUGCAGAUGUGUGAACUCUCUUCACGCUCUUCGGGCAGGAAAGACACUUCAGGCAGUGUCCACGGUUUGUUUCAGGCCUCGGGACAAUGGCGCAAAACGUGUGCGAUCGCGAACUGGAUGAUGCGGCUCUCGGGAAAGAUGCAGAAGAGUUACCGUAUUUUCACGCAUAUUUACCAGCACUAGGAAUUUGGCAAGCUUUAAUGCUUGGAGUGCCGAGUUUCUUUUUGGAGCUGACACCCCCCCUGUUGUUUUUUUUUUCCCUCCAAUAUUACAAAAUGAAUGCAGCAGUUUAUUUUCAGUUAUUCAGAUGGGAAAGAGUGACUCGGAUAGUUGUAAAUGCACGCUUAAUAUGUUCCUCACAUUUACACCUUUGUGUUUUAUCUCCUACCUAGUUUGUGUUGAUGAGCGCAUCUCCGCUAUAGUGCCGCAGUGUCAGGGUCAAAAAAAGAAAAAAACGAUCUGUAAAGGUAUGACAGUUAGCAAGAAUACUCAAAAGUGGGGUCCUUGCACUACGGCACAAAUAUUCAAACGAUGAAGCGCUGCGGUAGCGAUCAACAAAGAUUGACCAAAUCGAGAGAGAUGAGAAAGUAUGCUUCCAUGAUUAUAGAACAGAUGGCGGAACUACCUCGGAGAUAGGCAACUUCGUGUUACUGAGCACAUCCGACUGGAGGGAGUGGAGAACGUACCAGUACGUCAAUCGCGCCGAAAAGCUUUAAGGGCGAAGUGCGAGCAUGGAGGUGUGACAUCAUGGCAGUAAACUUUGCCAUUUCCGUGGAGAGAGGAGCAGUAAUGACGGAGUACAUAAAAUAUAAAAUUGUUUUUGGUGCUCUGUUUUGCACAGAACUUUGCGAAUGCCUUUUUGUAAGGAUGUGAGUCAUGUGCUGUUACUUGCAUGGCUUAUAUGAGUGAACUUGCUCUUUUCCAAGUGUUGUACAGUGGUACCUCGAUAUAAUGAACACGGAUAUAACAGAUAUUGCAUAUAACGAAGGCAUUUUCGUGUCUGAUGCAACUUCGUUAUGACGAGUUUCAACUGUACCUGGUGGUGCAGGUUAUAUGUGCGAGAAUACGGUAACAUUGUGAAAGAUGUGAAUACCUUGUCGCCUGCGAACACCCCAAGGCCCAAAGACUUUGCCUUUUUUCUUGUACAAUGGACUCUCUUUAACACACUGUUUAGCAAAAUUCAUCAAGCACCUGUUCAAGGACCUUUGUUAGGUUUCUCAUAGAUUUAAUUCACUUUGUUAAGCAGGCUUGUGAUGCGUAUUUUUCCAAGGUGCUUUCAUGUUUGUUUUAGACGGAGUCCAUUGCAGUUUUGUUAAGUUUGGAAUUUUCACAUUUUCACUCCAUUUUGUAGGCAUUUUCAUCACACUCCAAAGUCUUUUGUACGACUUGAGACACAUUGCUCUAUCGUCCUGGCGGUGAUGUGCAGAGUGCUCCUCUUUGGGCAGCAUUAAAAAUGUUGCACAUUGUAGAUUAUUAAGGUGCCGUAGAACAAAAAUCAAAUGUGCCUUGGUUCAAGUUCAAAGUAAAAUAACAUUUAAAACUUAGCCGUUCAUUGCACAAAGUGAACAAUGUGCCUUGAAAUAAAUUAACGUGAUGGAACUUCACCACUGUACUCGCGGAACUCAAUUUUUUAUACGCAGUAUUUGUUCACAUCUUAGAUGCUCACGUAGAGUUUAGAAGUGAAGUGCAAAUGUUCACUUAUAGUUUCUGAGUAGUUCUUUUACAUCGGUACAUCUAAUGAGCUGCACUUACAAGGAAAGCUGUUGUUCUUGUCACCUUUGCCAAACAAGGUGAUUUAGCAGCUUGUUGCAACUCAACUGGCACCAAAAUAUGCCGAGAGUCUUGUUGUUCUGCACCUUUCCUUCCGCAGGGUUCGUAGCAGUUUUCAAAACUCUUUAGUACCAUCUAAUGCCAAAACGGCAUUUUGAAGGACUUGCAUAUCCUCAGAUUUCGUUUCUGGCUAAGCAUGACAGAUUUUCUUUGGACACCUGGCCACAAAGCUGGUGCAGUCUAAAAGUGAAUCCAGCUUAAUCGUGCACGUCGGGAGAUGCUGGCUGAGUUGCUACAUCUGUGGGAAGUGAAAAAAAUAUUGCUUGUGGUCGCUAGUUUCGUUUUACAGCUUUUAAAUGUCAUAAAUAUUUGAAAGGGGUGGCUUGAAGGCCUGUGUAUAUGGGAGAGGAGAAAAAAGGAGGGACGAAAGAUUGCAAGGAAAAUUAUCAGUCCCAGUAUUGGAUUGCCCAUUAGGGACAGUGUUGUGACACAUGCUCUAUCACUGUUCUGUACUGAAAGAUUAAGUAUUUGUGCUGAAUUUGAUUGUAGUGAGGACACUUCCUUAACAUCUGCUCAACUGCUUUUCGAACACCUGCAUAGCCUGCUGAGCAGGUGACCAUGGUGUGGAGUCAUGCUCCUUUAGAGUCCUCAGCUUCACCAUUGACCUCCAUUCUGGAGUUGUCCAGUUCCUUGCUGUGUUCAUGGCCCAAGACAUGGUUGGUGUGGCCUUGGACCCUUCUAAGCUGUCCAAGUGGUGUCUAUUGAGUAGCGAUGUCAUUUGGCCAACAUGUCCACUGUUGGGGCACAGCCAGUGCACGCAUUAGGGAUAACGCUGCUUCAGUCCUCGAUAAUGCUUUGACGUGGUCCUCAAGCUGCUAUGAACCCUGCUUCUCACGUCCUCGAAAUCAAGACAAACUUUGUCAUUCUGUUUCGCAUUUUUCACUUCCCCUUGAUGCUGGGUCAAGGCAUGGUCGCAACAUCCACGGGAGUAGAAAAAAGUCUGAAGAGUUCACAUUUCUCGUCAUUUAACGUAGGAAUGGAGUCUGCAGGAAAGCCAUUGCCUCAUGCUCGGCGUAUGGCUCAACUUGGCGUGCGGUGGGGUUUCAAAUGGUGCAAUACAGGCAGAAUGGGGAUCCGUGCAAUGCUGCAAGGUGAUUUUGGGGAACAUUCAGAGAUGCCUUAUAAAGGGACAGUGAAGAGAAAUAUCAAAUUUAGCUAGAUUGGUAGGCUGCACUGCAAAAUUUGCAUUUAUAUUGGUCAGCCUUGCCUCAGGGGAAGGCUUGGUAAGCCAGAAAGGAUGUGAUAGACAGGUGCCAAUACCAGCUCAAAACUCCAACUCCAGGUAACUUCACAGAUGUUUAGUGCCAGAAGCUGAUCAUUUACUGAGAAAGACGGGUUACAUUGCAUUUGAGCAUGAGCGAAGUCUCUCUCGCCCAGCAACUUGUCUGGAUUUCUCCUGCACAUAAAGUAUGAAGAUAAGCCAAUGUGCUAGAAUAUUUGCGACAACCUGCCGACAAUGUCGAAGUGCAGUGUGCGCGCGAAAUUCAAAUGGAAUCUAGGUUUCGUUUGCCCCAACUAAUAACGUAUAUUUUCCUGAAAUACAGGUUCGGAAAGGAUACUGUGCCAGUCUUAACUAAUUUCGUAUUUCUCUUAAUUGUCCCCAUUUAGUGUAUUCUUACAGAAAGGCUUGCUACAGCGAUAUGAGUAGUAUGCAAGAGGCAAACGUAUGCAUACACUGUGUGACAAAGCACUUCCUUGUGAUAAUAAGCAUAGUGUGAACGCUGACAGUUGUUGCAGUUGUUGAAGGGACAUGCAAAGAACAGACGUUGGGGCUAUUUUGCAUGCAGUUUUCAUUCUAGCCUAUAGGUACUGCCAUAUUGUACUGUAAUGUGUGCAAUGUAGUGUUGAGUUCACAUUCUUUCAAAACACCGGAUCUGCGCAUACAAUUAAAAGAUCAGCUGUAGUGUGCUGCGGAUUUGUUCUUACAGCUAAAAUUUCUGCUAGGAGCUCAUGGUAACAGUGCUCCAGUGCUUGAUCAAAAUCAUCUCUUGAAGAACUGUUGAAGCUGUAUUACUAUUGAUGGCUGAUGGGCUCUGGAAUUAAAUUCUGUGAAGUGUGUGUGUGUGUGUGUUGAAAAGAAAAAAUUUGAGAAUCCUUGUUUAGAUAUUUCCAGUAAUGACAGAAUGUGGCAAAUUAUUCACGGGCAUGCAUAGCAGUCAAAUCUUAUUGCUAGUUGCCUGAACAGCUCCAAAGGUGAAAAUGGUCUUUUUUUGUACAGGGGACAAGUUAUUAUGCAUUGUUAAGGUGCUGGUUUCACUAAUGGUUUCGUGCAAAAAUGCAGGGAAAUUCACAAAGGAAACAUGCAAAUUGAAACGGGCAGUGCAGACUGACCAAAAGAUAAAUGUCGGUUUUUACCUCCUGCAACGAACAUUCCAGUGCUGUGUUUUCUUUCAAACAGUGUACGAGUGAAGUCUAUUGCUUCUCCUAUGUCCAGGUUAUACCAUAAUACUAUAUUGCACAGUUGCAAUAAAGAAUUUACAUAUUUUCGAGUUGACAAAAA